CACACCCACAUAUCUCUCCCUCUUUGUUAUAAUUUUCAUAGAGAGAAGAAAACAAAAAAUGAAAACAAGAGGAGGAACUUGUUAUUCAUUUAUCAAAAACAACAAUAACACCAAAAGGCUUAAAUUCACAUUGUCUGUAAAAUAUUCUUCCCAUGAUGAUCUCUUUGAUAGGCUUCCGGACGACAUCGUUUUAUCCAUUUUAGCCAAACUAGGUUCCAUUGCCAAUUGCCCAGCUGAUUUCAUUAGCAUUUUAUCAACAUGCAAGAGAUUAAAUGGAUUAGGCCUUCAUUCUUUUGUGUUAUCAAAAGCUUCUCCAAAUUGUAUAGCCCCUAAAGCGAAAAAUUGGUCGGAAUCUUGUCACCGGUUUCUUAAACAGUGUUCUGAUUCCGGCAAUGCUGAAGCCUGUUACACUCUUGGCAUGAUUCGGUUUUAUUGUUUGGAAAAUCGAGGGAGUGGGGCCUCGUAUAUGGCAAAAGCCGCGAUCCGUGCUCACGCGCCAGCGUUGUACUCACUAGCGGUGAUACAGUUCAACGGUAGCGGAGGCUUAAAAAACAACAAGGAUUUGCGAGCAGGAGUCGCGCUAUGUGCACGCGCGGCUUCAUUGGGGUAUAUAGACGCUCUACGCGAACUUGGGCAUUGUUUACAAGAUGGUUACGGUGUCAACAAAAAUGUUGCCGAAGGGCGACGUUUGUUGAUCCAAGCAAACGCCCGUGAGCUAGCUUGUGCGGGCGUAUUAUCAAUGAGUCAGCCAUUGUUUUGUGAUAGUAAACAACGAGUGACUUGGAACCCUUUGCCUCAUUUAUUAGGCCCGGUUUGCCCGUUAUUAAGUGAUUUCGGAUGUAGUGUUCCGGUACCAGAGCCUCACCCUGCAAACCGUUUCCUGUCAGAUUGGUUUGCCGAGAAGCCGCCGUGCUCGGAGAUUAGAUUAUGUUCGUACGACGGCUGUGGUCGGCCGGAAACAAGGAAGCAUGAGUUUAGACGGUGUUCGGUGUGUGGAAACGUGAAUUAUUGUUCAAGAGCGUGUCAGGCACUUGACUGGAAAGCGCGUCAUAAGAUGGUGUGUAGACAAGGUUUAGUUGGUGGGGAAGUUAAUGUUAAUGCUAAUGAGAAUGAUGAAAUUAUGGUUGUUGAGAGAUGAGACGAUCGCCGUUAGCAGGAAACGGUUUUACUAUAAAUACCGUAAUUUUUGUCUAUAACGGCUUAUGAGUCUAAUAAUGGAAAAAGGCUUUGCCGAAAUUUAUUUA